GUCCGCCAUGAAUUGCCUGACGGUGCCCGGUGUCCACCCCGGCUCCCCAAGCCGCCCCCGCGGGCAGAUACAGGUGAUCUUCGGGCCCAUGUUCUCAGGAAAGAGCACGGAACUCAUGCGGCGAGUGCGGCGGUUCCAGCUCGCCCAGUACCGGUGCCUGCUGGUGAAAUAUGCCAAGGACACGCGCUACAGCUCUUCUGGGGUCUCCACACACGACAAGAGCACCAUGGAGGCCCUGCCUGCCGGGCUCCUCCAGGACGUUUACCAGGAGGCGCUGGCUGCCGCCGUCAUUGGCAUCGAUGAGGGCCAGUUCUUCCCAGAUAUUGUGGAGUUCUGCGAGACAAUGGCAAACACUGGGAAAACCAUCAUUGUUGCUGCUCUGGAUGGGACUUUCCAGAGGAAGGCCUUUGGGAGCAUCCUGAACCUGGUGCCACUGGCGGAGAGCGUGGUGAAGCUGAACGCUGUGUGCAUGGAGUGCUUCCGGGAGGCCUCCUACACCAAGAGGCUGGGAGCAGAGCAGGAGGUUGAAGUGAUUGGAGGAGCCGACAAGUACCAUUCUGUGUGCCGAGCCUGCUACUUCCGCAAGCGACCCCAGCAGGCCGGGACAGAGAACAAGGAGAACGUGCCCCUGGGCCUGAGGCAGCUGGAGACAGCUGCCCCUCGGAAGAUCUUCGCUUGACUGCUGGAAAACGGAGGGGAAGGGAGCUCAGUUCUGUGGCUCGUGGGCACUGGGUCUGCCUCUCUCUACUUUAGCAAACUGUCCAGCGCCUCAGCCCUCCCUACCCAAACUCCCUGUGCCAGCAGCGCAACUGAGGAUCCACCAAACCUGAUGCUGGUGGAAGCGGAAGCAAAAGCCUGGCUAGAGUGAGUUCCUAUCUCAGAACAAGGAAAGAGACAAGCAGUUACUGAUGCUGCCACACACAGGCCCUGGGGCUCUGCACAUCGAGCCCAGCCACAGCGCUCCUGCAGCUCUUCUGCCACUCACAGUGGCACUGGCCAGCUCUCCCAGUGGCCUAAGCAUGCUUGGGCUGGCACUGGUGCUGCUUCUGGUGCCUGUGAGUGCAGCCCUUCUCUUGUGUGCUGUUGCUAAAUUCCAGGUUUCUCAAGACAGUGUACAGCCACUAGUAUUUUAAAUGCAAUUUUUAGUUUCCUUUAACAGUCUGUGGUAACUUGUCCCUUGUCACAGAGUUGUGACACAGCUUUUAAACUGACACACCUGGCAGCCCAGGCCUGGGCAGGCCCCCAAACCCUCUGCCAGCAUGCUCAUUAGUGUUACUGCCCUGUCGAUUUUUGUUGAAACAGAAGAAGGUGAAGGAGGCCUAGCAGCUGACUCUUCUGAGGUGUUGACCCUCAAAGGGCUGGCUGUGUUCUAGCAGGGUCUGACAGAUUCCUUUGGAGGAACUGGCCCAGGGAAGAGCCUUCUCCAAAUUCAGGGCAGUUUUUCUCAGGUUCAGGGCUGGUGCUGCCACUUUGGUGUUAUGUUACCUUUGAGGGGUUUGGAGGCUCAGAGUUUCAUCUACCAAGAUUUGGACAAUUAUUCCAGGGAAGAUCCACCUGCUUGGUAAAGGGGCUCUCCUCUGAGGAGCUCCCUCUCCAUUCUAGUCAUGUCUCUUGCUCCCUCCUCAGCCUUCCAAAAUUCUCAAGGCUCACUCUCUUAGUCUGCUCUAAGCUGACUGAAGGAUUCUUUUGCUUCUUUGUUUGACUCAGAUUCUGGAAGGUUGUUGCUUCCUUAUUCCCUGCAAAAGUGUUUUUUUUGGGAAGCCAGCAUCCACAGGCUCUGAGCGGUAGCUCUUUGUUCUGGUGAGGCCAGACCUCUGCAUUUGAGUCCAGGGUUGCUGUUUGCUCUGCCCUGGAAGGCUCCAAGAGCUGCCUGAACUCUCCCUGCUGCCCCCAUGUUACAGGUGAGAAUAACUGUACUCACAAGCACUUGAUUGCCAGGCCUGGGCUUUUUCCCCGGGCUGGGGAAGGUGCU